UUCAGACGGCAGGCACCUUUCGAACCGCAACAACAGUCCUCCACCCUCCCCUUACAACACAACAAACGUAUCUCUACUUGACUCGCCUCAAAACUCCGGACCAAGACGAUCAUUACUCCAUAGCCUUUCUGUGUAUAGUCCAUACCCCAAGCAUCGCGAAUCACUCGAUUUGGCCCUUGGCAAACGGCAAUAGCCCCAGCAAGCACCCGAACCCCACGUACGAGCUCCGAGCUACCUGCGUCACCGCGAUCUUCCGAUAAUCCGGCGGACCGAAAAAGACGAGAUCGAAGUCAACGCACGCCAGUCGCGAACCUUUCGAUUGAGGCUGCGCAAAGUUCCGACAACUAAACUCAGUGGACCGGCCACUUGUUCACACUUGCGCGACUCAAACGAACCGCCGAACUCCCUCUGCUACACCAGGGCACCGAGACAAUCAUCCAGCAACGCAACUGCUCUCCGGUCGGCAUCAGCUAGCUCCUACCCGCAAGCGCACAACAGCUACGACUCAUACUACCUUGCUUUACGUUUCUUCCUCGCAAACCACAGUACCGAGAGACAUUAGAUCCGCUGGUCAAACCCCCAUCUACUCAACUCAACUUCCAACAACCACCUAGCUAGCGACGUAUUUUUUAAGCACCAGACUACCAAAACCGAGACCAACCAACCAACCAAAACCAACCCGACCCAAGCCAAGCCAUUCGAAAUGUCCUUCGACACAAUACUCCCCCCUUACAAUGCCUCGGACCCAACCGCCCGCUUCCUCGCCUCCUCCUGUCUCGAUUUCUUGCUCAUCGAGCUAGUCCCCAUGGCGUACAGGAUAACCAACCAGCUCGACUCUUCUUCCGCAGAACCUUCGGCCUCUUCGGCUGGUGAUGAUGCGCAAAGUACAGCUACUGGACCAGCGCCAGGGGGGCCACAGAGGAAUAGUGUAUUAUCUUCGCGUCCAGGGGGACUAAGUGCUGGUAGUGCUGGUGGUGCUGGUAUGUUGGGAGCAGGGUUAGUGGGGGGAGGAGGGGGAGGAGGAGGAGGAGGAGGAGGGAGUGUGACGGGGAGUGUGAGUGCAAAGAAAAUGGAUGAGGAUGAAGAAAGGGAUGCUGUAUUUGCUAGGUUGGAAGGAUUGGGGUAUAGGGUUGGGCAGGGGUUGGUUGAACGAUUCUCCCGCGACCGACCACGCUUCAACGACACACUGGACGUCAUCAAGUUCCUCUGCAAAGACCUUUGGACGCUGGUGUUUAGGAAACAGGUGGAUAACCUCAAGACGAAUCAUCGGGGUGUAUACGUCCUAACAGAUAACUCCUUCCGCCCACUAUCGCGAAUGUCCGCAGAGACAAGUAGCCAAGCUAUAGCCAGAGCGCAACCGUUCCUUUGGUUCCCUUGCGGUGUGGUCCGCGGCGCCCUCGCGGCAAUGGGCAUUACGGCGACCGUCACGGCCGAGUCAAGCGAGCUUCCUGCGGCGGUGUUCCAGAUCAAGACGGUCAAGACGCAAAACUGAAUGAUUUGCUACUUUCAAUUUGCACUUUAGCGAAUGGGGCUUUGAAGCUUUUAUACUUGAUACAUCGCUGCCUAGACCUUUAUUCUCCGCACAUGGCAUAAGCCGGGCACUCUGGGCCCAUUACUAGCGGUGUUUAUUAUGUUAUUGUGGAAAGUACAGUUGUUUUGUUACAAAGCUCCAUGGGACGUAGACGUGAGACGUUGGCAAAGAGCACCAUAACAAGUAUAGCGCACGAUCGAUUUUCACACCAAUGUACCAAUACACUUUCAAAUCACUCGAG